AUGUCAUCACCUGAAGAGGGAUCACAGACCUCUAUAAGAACGUCGCAGGCCGAUAGCCAGUCGGUCGCAUCUACUGCAGCUUCAUCAGUACCUGCUAGCGGCAAUGGCGGCCCUAGCAUGUCAGACAUGCAAUACUACUACCAGUAUCUCUAUCCAUUUAGGCCGAUCUUUCAUUGGCUGAACCACUCUCCCAAGCCACAGAGGGAUAUGGUCAACCGAGAGUUGGCAAUGGCCUUCAGGUCCGGCGCAUACAAGCGAUACAAUUCGUUCGGCAGCGUACAGGAAUUCAAGCAGCAGAUUCAAAAGGCCAACCCAGAUAGAUUCGAGAUUGGGGCCGUAUACAACAAGCCGCCGCGCGACCGGGACUCGGUUCUGAAGACCGAGAUGAAGCCCCUGGAGAAAGAACUUGUCUUCGAUAUUGACAUGGACGACUAUGACGACUUCAGAACUUGCUGUUCUGGCGCGCAGGUUUGUGACAAGUGCUGGAAGUUCAUUUUUCUUGCAAUGAAAGUUAUGAACACCUCGUUGAUAGAGGAUUUCGGGCUGGAGCAGUUCAUAUGGGUGUUUUCAGGCAGGCGUGGUGCGCAUUGCUGGAUCAGCGAUCCCAGAGCACGCUCGCUGUCCGAUAUGCAGCGGAAAAGCGUUUUAGACUACAUGAACGUAGUCAGGGACCGGAACCUGGAGAAGAGAAUCUCGUUCACGAGGCCAUACCACCCGCACUUGGCCCGCUCGUUAAACAUUCUCAAGCCCUACUUUGUGGACUUUAUACUACGUGAACAGGAUCCUUGGCAAGACGACAGUGCAGCAGUAAGAUUGCUGUUGCCAGCAAUCCAAGAUGCUCAACUUGCAGACCAACUGAAGAAGUACUGGAAGGAAAACCCUGGCCGGUCCAGCGAGGAAAAGUGGAAGGAUAUAGACCUACUGGCCUCCGGCAUGACGAAACAGGCCAAACGCCCAGAUUAUGUGGCGCGGCUGCGCGAAGCGAAAGAGGAUCUCAUUUUAGCUAUACUCUACCCCAAGCUAGAUGUAGAAGUGACAAAGCAAACGAUCCAUCUUUUGAAAGCGCCAUUUUGCAUUCACCCUGCUACAGGAAAUGUCUGCGUGCCCAUAACAGAAGAUUUCAGUCCCACAGGCGUUCCAAAGCUGAUUCAAUUGCAGCACGAAAUGGAGUCGAAUGGUAACAAGGUGGAGCAGACUUCCCUGCAGCCGUACAUAGACGCCUUUUCCAAGCAUGUGUCCGCCAUCGUCAAAGCAGAGUUGGCGUUUCGAAAGCGGAACCACCCAGAGGGAGAAGAUAUCCCUGAAUUCUAG